AUGAUUCAAGACAUAAUUGGAAGAACUGCUCCAUUUACGAGGGAAAAAACCACCACGACUGAGAAGUUCGUGCAGUUCACGGUACAACUUAAUAGCUUCUUCCUCCGAAUCUGCGCCACCACAUAUGUCAUCAACAUACGUUUGCAAAAGGAGAAUAGAAGAAGCCAGGGGGAAAUCGCGGCCUUCGUCAGCUACGAGUUGUCUAAGAACGCGCUGAGCAAGAAAAGCAGAAGGGCCAAGUCCAUAACUUGGUUCUCAACAAAAUGGACCCGCUUCUUAACAAUUCUACACCAGUACGAUCAACAUGCGAUCUUAACACAUCGAGCGCUCAAAACCGUUUCCCGCAUUCACUUCCAUUCCACUGAUCACCUCUGCAACAUAAAUGCGACAAUAACACUGAAACUGGCAAGUUGCUUACCAGACAGCUGUUCCACUGCCGAUGCGUCUACAAUAUACAAGUAUUUCGGACUCAAUAUUUCGUUCCCAGAAAAUUUGUGCCAAACAUUCGCUGAUCGAGACAAACUACGGUUUGGGAUAUCGGAAUAUUGUGGAGUGGUAUUUUUCGGAAUAUUCGCGCUGGUGAUUGCCGCUUCCACAACUUACGACAUCUAUCUGUACACAACUGAAUCACAAGUCAAGCAUCAGGCACUUGUCGCGUUUUCCAUUCUUAAAAAUGGCAAAAAACUGAUCGCCAUCGAAAACAAUGCCAAACAAAUAACUUGCAUGAACGGAAUUCGAGUUAUCAGCACCAUGUGGAUCAUCCUAGACCACAGAUACUCCGUACAAUUCUACUUCCCUCUGUGGAAUAACUUCUACAAGGAGACCUGGACGCGAAGUGCAGGAAAUAUGUUUAUGAUAAAUGCACAAAUGGCAGUUGACACCUUCUUUCUGCUAUCUGGAAUUCUUGUAACCUACGUUUACCUCUGGUCCGCCGAGAAAAGCACCUCGUUUCAUAUUUUCAAGUUCUAUCUCCACCGGUUUUUGAGAUUAACUCCCGUUUUGGUCGCCGUAAUCGUUUUCAUAGUCACGUUGCUCAGACAAUUCGCAUCGGGCCCACUCUGGUCGAGCAUGAUUCACUCACAACUGAUUGAGGGUUGCGAAAAGUAUUGGUGGAAGACGCUGUUGUAUAUUCAAAAUUAUGAUCGAACGCCUUCAAUGUGCAUCCCUCACGGUUGGUAUUUGAGCGCCGAUAUGCAGCUGUUUGUGAUUUCUCCGAUCUUUCUGCUGGCGUUAUCCAGAUGGCCGAAACGUACCCUUUAUGGAAUCGUAGCGCUCAUUGUUUGCAAUAUAGUCGGAUGUUUUUUGCUAGGUUGGUUUUUUGAGCUUAAUGGUAUAAUGCAGGGAAAUGUAGACUUUGAAAAGCAGAUGGUAUUCGUUUGGCAGUAUUAUUUUCCCGCCUAUACAAGAGCAGCACCAUGGUUGAUAGGAAUUAUAUUGGGCUACUACCUAUACUUGUCCAAAAAGAAGAGGUAUGAGCUGUCUACGAAGAUUGUCGCAAUUUUGUGUAUUCUCAGCUUGAUGGUCAUGUGCGCAAUUGUAUUUGGGGGACACAAUCUGAUUACAUCAGAAUAUCGCAGGGUUUUAAACGCAAUUUACAUAGCUUUGGUCCGCCCGGCCUGGGCCUUAGCUGUAGCCGCCGUGAUUUUUACAUGUGCCAAUGGUUACGCAGGUCCAGUAAAUUGGUUCCUUUCGUUGCCCAUAUUUGAAGUGCUAUCGCGUUUUACUUACACACUUUACGUUGUACAUUACAUCGUCAUUUUUGUUCUAACAAGUCAAAUGAGGACAACUGUACUGUUUCGCAACUUGGAGGCGAUGCACCAGUUUUGGGGCGACUUUGCGUUUACGUUGUUCGUCGCGACGCUCGUAACUUUAGCGUUUGAGCUACCCGCGAUCGAAAUUGAAAAGAUCAUAUUCGCAAAGAAAAGAACUGAGUCAACGAUGACAUUGGAGGGCAGUAAAGUUACGGAAGCCGGUCCUAGUAGAUAUUAGGUACUUUCCAAGUGCUAGCUUAGUGUAACUUACACUAUGGUGCUAGGGAGAAGUUAUUAUUUAUUGGUGUGAGAUUAUUAUAGAAACGAUUCAGUGAACGCGGAAAAUUGCAUACUGUAUCAUUUAUUUCAGCAACUAUUUACUUAUUAAUAACUUAAUACACGCCGUUCAGGCAAUCAGAGAACAAUAUUUACCUUGCUUCAUUUAAAUCAAAACAUACAAAUGCUAGACUAAAUAAACAAUAUUUACAAA